AUGACGUCGAACGAUUCUGUCAAAGUAACGGCUGUCUGGUCAGACGACAGAAAUACACUUGAAAACAGUUUGCGAGGCUCAGACCACACAGUGGCGAUGGCCGUGGGAAUCUUACAAAAUCACAUUACCCGCCAUGUUAGCAGAGUGUACGGUCUCGAGCUGGACCCACUCACCACGCAGGCGAGGUACUUUCCAGCCGUUCAACCUUCAGAUAUGCUCAGGGUCUGCCGCUCCGAUGGUCUCACAGCACUAAUCACUCCUAAUGCUGAGACGAAUCGUCGUAUCAAGACUCAAUUGGCCCUGAAUGCACAGGCCAAUCAGACACACGUGGAAUCCAAUACGACGUCUCAGCCAAGCACAUCAGCAGUCCCACCUCACGAAUCCAAUAAUGCUAGGAGACGAAAUGCCGCGUCGACGGCCAAUCCCCCUCAGGUGACUAUGGACAGCCAGCUUAAGGAGAUGCUAGCCUCGAUGCAGAAGGAGAUUGCGGAGAUUCGAGGAAAGACUGAGAAGGAAAUUGCGGAGAUUCGAGGAAAGAAUGAGAAGGAGAUUGCGGAGAUUCGAGGAAAGAAUGAGAAGGUUCUCAGCGAGAACGAGAGCAUUCACAGCGAGAACAAGAGGAUUCUCAAUGAAAAUGAGAGCAUGCGCGGUGAGAUCGAGAGCAUAAACAGUGGGCUUACCAGCGUUCGCAGGGAUUUAGACGCGGCGAGAGUCAAACACACUCAGGACGUUGAAGCACUGAGACAAGUCACUAUGUUACUAGUCCCUGUGCAUCUUCGCGUCCUACUCGACCUUGCACGCAGAAAGGUUCUGGAACACCUCGGCUAUGAGACCUGGGAAGAACUUCGCGCUUCCUGCAGUAUUCAUCAACUUUCAAAUAAGAUCUUCGAUGCUCUCAAACAGCAGGGUGUAUCAUACACCCCAUCCCACCAGUCCAUCCUUUUCUUGUGUUCAUAUAAUAACAUCAGGCGGGCGGGAAAUACAGCUGCUCACAGCGCAAAGGAGGAUGAUAUCAGGCAUGCAGUCUUAACCCAGCCGCUAGAUUCCCGUGAUCGAGAAUGCUUGGAAAAUCUGUUUACAUAUGCGUACAACGGGAAACAACUCUAG